AUGAUGCAUUUCAAAAGUGGACUCGAAUUAACCGAGUUGCAAAACAUGACAGUGCCCGAGGAUGACAACAUCAGCAAUGAUUCUAAUGACUUCACUGAAGUAGAAAAUGGUCAAAUAAAUAGCAAGUUUAUUUCCGACCGCGAAAGCAGAAGAAGUCUCACAAACAGCCACUUGGAAAAAAAGAAGUGUGACGAAUACAUUCCAGGAACAACCUCAUUAGGCAUGUCUGUGUUUAACCUAAGCAACGCCAUUAUGGGCAGUGGGAUUCUGGGACUCGCCUUUGCCCUGGCAAACACCGGAAUCCUCCUUUUCCUGGUACUUUUGUCUUCGGUGACACUGCUGUCUAUAUAUUCAAUAAACCUUCUGUUGAUCUGUUCGAAGGAAACAGGUUGCAUGGUCUAUGAGAAGCUGGGAGAGCAGGUCUUCGGCACCACGGGGAAGUUUGUCAUCUUUGGAGCCACCUCUCUACAGAACACAGGAGCAAUGCUGAGCUACCUCUUCAUAGUCAAAAAUGAGCUACCGUCUGCCAUAAAAUUCCUAAUGGGAAAGGAAGAGACAUUUUCAGCCUGGUACGUGGAUGGCCGUGUCCUGGUGGUGAUUGUCACCUUCAGCAUAAUUCUCCCUCUGUGUCUCCUGAAGAACUUAGGGUACCUGGGCUACACUAGUGGGUUCUCCUUGAGCUGUAUGGUUUUUUUCCUAAUAGUGGUCAUCUACAAGAAAUUUCAGAUUCCCUGCAUUGUCCCAGGGCUAAAUGCAACAAGUGCUAAUUCAACAAAUGCUGACAUGUGUACGCCAAAAUAUGUUACCUUCAAUUCAAAGACUGUGUAUGCUCUACCUACUAUUGCAUUUGCAUUUGUCUGCCAUCCGUCAGUCCUGCCAAUCUACAGCGAGCUUAAAGAUCGAUCCCAGAAAAGGAUGCAGAUGGUUUCGAAUAUCUCCUUUUUUGCCAUGUUUGUGAUGUACUUCUUGACCGCCAUUUUUGGCUACUUGACAUUCUAUGAGAACGUCCGCUCGGACCUCCUUCACAAGUACCAGAGCAAGGACGACAUCCUGGUCCUGACGGUGCGGGUGGCGGUCAUCGUGGCGGUCAUCCUCACGGUGCCGGUGCUGUUCUUCACGGUUCGCUCGUCUUUAUUUGAACUGGCUAAGAAAACAAAGUUUAAUCUGUGUCGUCACGUCUUCGUGACCAUCAUACUCUUGGUCAUUAUCAACUUGUUGGUGAUCUUCAUCCCCUCCAUGAAGGAUAUCUUCGGGGUUGUAGGAGUUACAUCUGCUAAUAUGCUUAUUUUCAUUCUUCCUUCAUCUCUUUAUUUAAAAAUCACAAACCAGGAUGAGGAUAAAGGAACUCAGAGAAUUUGGGCGGCCCUCUUCCUGGGCCUGGGGGUGUUGUUCUCCCUGGUCAGCAUCCCCCUGGUCAUCUACGACUGGGCCUGCUCGUCGGGGAGCGACGAAGGCCACUGA